AUGACCGAGUACAAUGGAUACGUCCUGAAUUAAAUCUACCAAAUCUAUCCAAACUGAUUUAGCUUAGCCAAUUCACUUUGUUUCUCAUUUCAGCUUCCUCUCGCGUGUCUCAUCCUCUCAGCAUCCGCCUUGCCAGGCUACGAAGUCUAUGGAGCGGCGUACCACGGUCCACCAGCGCCCCUGGCUCAUGACGGAAGGGUGAUCGACACGCCGGAAGUGGCGCACGCCAAAGCAGCUCACUUGGCAGCUCACGCGGCUGAAGCGGCCAAAGCGACUCCAUUCGGUUAUGGCGAUUAUUCGGACGGGAAGUACGAGGACUACAGCGGUUCGUACGUAGCCGCGGCUCAUAAUCUUUAUCACGGACCACCUGCACCCUUGGCUCACGACGGAAGAGUGCUCGAGACACCGGAAGUGGCGCACGCCAAGGCUGCACACUUGGCAGCCCAUGCCGAGCAAAUAUCGAAACUGGCUCAGGUUGCUUACGCCGAGCCUUACCCGCAACCGCAUUGGUGAAAAUAUCUCACUUUGACGAGUAGAUUGUGAAUGUUUGUGCAUAUUUCUUUCUUUCCUUCUCUCUUUCUUU